UAUUCCACCACCAUUGCAAGACAAGUUUUUCAUUCUGAAUAAGUGUACUUUACGUACGUCACCCUACAUUUAUCAUGUUGGGUGUUUAUAUUCCUUUGAGAUAGGUACUUGAAUUUACCGAUUUGCGUGUACAUUCUAAAUAUUGUAGCAUGAAAUGAAUGUAGGUUAGUAGAUCCCUAAGGCUAAUAGUUUGAGUGAAAGGAUAGCUUUUGUUUUUAAAGACAUUUACAUAUGUCAAGCUCAAUUCAGUUUUUUACUACGAGUUGAAGAUAGCAGUUUAAAAUUGAUAAAAUAAUUACAUUUCGGUCAUUCCAAGUGGUGCUACUCCGAGGGUACAGAUUUAUUAGCAGGGAGAAUUGUAUUUUACGUUGUAACGUGCGUAGUCGUAAUCCAAGUAGAAAUAUGAGUGCUUCAUUCGCCAAAGUGGAGGAAUUGUCCACUCGGUAUCCAAAUAGUGCUGGAAAAGUUAUCGGAUAUGGAACGGCUGGCUUUCGGGACAAGGCUUCUAUCCUGGACCAUGUAAUGUUCAGAGUGGGAAUUCUCUCGGCCCUUCGAUCCAAGCAGAAAAAUGCCACGAUUGGUGUCAUGAUCACUGCCUCUCACAAUCCUGAAGAUGACAACGGAGUAAAGUUGGUAGACCCCGAGGGUGAAAUGUUGGAGAACGCUUGGGAGAAAAUUGCUACUAAAGUCGCUAACCUCGAUGACUCAAAGCUAGCAUCCGCAGUUGAGGAUGUAGUUAAGACCACUGGGAUUGAUUUAGGAGUGAAGGGUUCAAUAUUUGUUGCUCGUGAUACCAGGGAAAGCAGCCCCCGUUUAACUCAAGCCGUUUUAGACGGCAUUAGUUGUAUCGACAACUGCGAGGUUGUCAACUGGGACUUGGCAAGCACCCCAGUGUUGCAUUACCUGGUGGUGUGCAGAAAUGGGAAUGAGGCCUAUGGAAAAUGUUCCAAAGCUGGAUAUUACGAUAAGUUGUCUUCCGGAUUUUUAACCUCAAUUGGGAGUAAAUCUGCACAAGGCGCAUACAAGCCUAUUAUCACGGUGGAUUGUGCAAAUGGAAUUGGUGCUGUAGAAAUACGAGAAAUUGGAAAUAAGAUUAGUAACGAUCUAAAGUUGACCUUGGUUAAUGACGGAAAGCCAGGAAUUCUAAAUCACAAUUGCGGAGCAGAUUUUGUAAAAGUCCAACAAACAUUCCCAGAAAAUGUAACUCCAGCCCCUGGAGAACGGUUUGCCUCGUUGGAUGGGGAUGCAGAUCGCCUAAUAUAUUAUUACUUUGAUAGUAAUUCAAAGUUCAAGAUGUUGGAUGGGGACAAAAUAUCACUUCUGUUUGCGGAACACUUGAGUGAGCUGACAAAACAUGCAAAUCUUCAGCUUAAGACAGGCGUGGUACAAACUGCUUAUGCGAACGGAAGUUCAACAAAUUACGCUCAAGAUGUGUUGAAAAUUCCUGUGGCUUGUGAACCCACCGGGGUGAAACAUUUGCAUCAUGCAGCUCAAGCCUUCGACAUUGGAGUAUAUUUUGAAGCUAACGGCCAUGGGACAGUUCUGUUUAGUAAUAAUGCAAUCGCUUCGGUCCGUGAUGCAGUUAAAUCUGGAGACAAUAAACCGGCCCAAGAAUUGUUGUCAUUCAUGGACAUAAUAAAUUCUACAGUUGGUGAUGCAAUUUCUGAUUUAUUGGGAGUGGAGGCUAUUCUUUACUCGAAAGGCUGGAGUGCUCAAGAUUGGGACAACAUGUACACUGAUUUGCCAAAUAGGCAAUUGAAGGUAUCUGUUGAAGAUAGAAAUGUCAUCAAAACUGCAGAUGCGGAAAGAAAGUGUGUCUCACCCCUUGGAUUGCAAGAUAAAAUUGACCAAUUGGCUGGAAAAUAUCAAAAUGGAAGAAGUUUUGUGAGGCCAUCUGGUACCGAGGAUAUUGUUCGGGUGUAUGCAGAGGCGAAUACGCAAGGAAAUGCAGAUGCUUUAGGAAAAGAAGUAGCCGCAGCAGUUUACGAAUUAUGCCGUGGAGUUGGACCAAAACCAUAACUAAUAAUACGUUAUUCGCCUACGUUAAAACAGUAUUGUCAAGCCUCUAACCAAAUUAUGAAAUAAAAAUUCUGAUUUAAAGAUAAAUGUCAA